UCCAGGAGGCGCAGAUGCCGGCGAAUCGCAAGCUCUCGGCGAAGCACUCGCCGUCGCCGGCGACCGUUCCCGCCCCGCUCCCCAAAUCCACAUCCCUUCCUUUCCUCGGCGACUGCGAUGACGACGACGACUUCCAACCUCCCCGCGCCCGCCCACUGAAGGCCUGCAAUGCUGCUGCCGCGCGCCGCCCCCGUAAGAAGCUCAAGCCGUCGUCCUCUUCCGGAAAGGAGAACAGUUCCGUCGCCGGUGGCGCUGUUUCAGCGGUGACGGUCGCCGCGACGGCCCCGAAGGGUGCUCGAACCCUAGCCGCCGUUUCCAGGGUUAGCGGCGGCGCUCCUGAGGCGAAGGAACUGAUGGCCGGAGGAAGUUGCGGCCUCUCGAGGUACGGAUCUGAUGUAGCCGAAUUAGGCCGUAACGGGAAGAUAGAAUUGGAUAAAUACGGAUAUUGCAAAGGGAGUUUCAGUUUUACCAGUUCCUUGCCCAAUUCGAUGAAAUCGAGUUUUUUGGCGCUCGGUGCGGUAUGUGAUUUGGGAGGUGGGUGUUGCGGGGAGGCGCAAGUAGUGGACUCUAUUACCUCAGUUCCUGAGAAGCGGCGUGCCACGGACGAGGUGGCAAGCUCUAAGUUUGAUCCUCCAACAAUGGAAAAGAAGCCGAGGAGCUCUGAAGCUCUUGAGGGGUGUUACGAAUCCAGCUUGAUUGAACCAGGGAUUCUUGAAUCAGAUGCAAACUGUGAAUUUGUAACUUCAGGUUCCUAUUAUUCAGAAGGGCUUGAUUCAGGGAUUCUUGGCACAGUCACUGAUGAACAGAAUAUGGACAAAGAAGCUGGGGUGACAUCUGAAUGUGGAGCUGGGCUUCAUAAAGGGAAUAACAGUUUGGAUUCUCUUGAGUCAAAGCUUCCAAUAUCGAAUGCAAAUCAUGAUUGUAGGGGUGGUGACUGCAGCAAAGCCCAAGAGCCUGGUUUGCGAGCAUGUAACUUGGAUUCUCAAGAGAGGAAAGUAGCUUCAGGACAUUGUUCAACCCCUGAAAAUGAGAAUAUGGAGAAUAAAUCCAGUGGUCCUGAGGCUUGUAAGGCACAUUUCUUCUCCAAUUCAUCUGAAUCAAAGCUUCUAGAAUCACACAUGAUCCAUGAAUUUGAAGCUGAUGAUUAUGGUGAUUUUGAGAUUGGGACACAGCUCAAUGAGCUAAUUAACUUGUGCAUGGAGGAUUCCAUAGAGGGCCAAUCAAAUUGUGCAACUCCAAUUGAACUGAACACAUUUGGUUCCAAGAGCUUCAAGUCCGAUUUUCAGGUGAAAUGCCCUCUAUGCGAAUUGGACAUAUCCGAUUUGAGUGAGGAGCUUCGGCAGCAGCAUACUAACAAUUGUCUUGAUGAACCUGCUAAGGAAUCUAGUCCCAACCACGAAAAAGAACCCUGUGCAGGAGGAAAUGUUGAAAAUAGGCGUGUUAUGGAAUGGUUAAGAAACCUUGGGUUAUCCAAGUAUGAGGAAAUUUUUAUCAGAGAAGAAGUUGACUGGGAAACCUUGCAAUGGCUCACUGAAGAGGAUCUUCUGGGUAUGGGGAUCACUGCUCUUGGACCAAGAAAGAAAAUUACCCAUGCUCUAGGAGAGUUACGGAAGAAACAUGAUGAUGCCAAUGAUAUGGAAGCUGGCGUGUUAGGUUCAGAAAAUACUAAGAAGACUAAACUUCCGAUGAACGGGAAUAAGUUAAUUACUGAAUACUUUCGAUGUUCCUCAUUUGAUCAAAGAAAAAGCAGGGCCUGCCAAGUCAACAAACCAUCUAAUCUGAAUGAGCAGAAAAAAUCUAGUGCUAAAGUACCCACCAGAAGAAGUAGUGCUGGUAAAGGAAAGUCUAAAGACACACCUCUUUGGUGUUGCAUCCCAGGAACCCCUUUUCGAGUGGAUGCAUUUCGCUACUUGAGAGGCGACUGUUGCCACUGGUUUCUCACACACUUCCAUGUAGAUCACUACCAAGGCUUGACUAGAAGCUUUUGUCAUGGAAAGAUAUACUGUUCCUCAAUUACAGCAAGUCUUGUGCAUCAUAAGAUUGGUAUCCCAUGGGAUAAAUUGCAUGUUUUGCCACUAAACAAAAAGAUUACUAUCGCUGGAGUUAAUUUGAUAUGUUUCGAUGCCAACCAUUGCCCUGGAUCAAUCAUUAUUCUCUUUGAGCCUCCAAAUGGUAAAGCUGUUUUGCACACUGGAGAUUUUCGGUUUUCUUCCGAGAUGGUCAACAAUCCUGUUUUGCAGUCUUCAGAUAUCCACACACUAAUACUUGACACAACCUACUGCAAUCCACGAUAUGACUUCCCAAGUCAAGAGAUUGUGAUACAGUUUGUCAUCGAGGCCAUCCAAGCAGAAUCUUUCAAUCCAAAAACAUUGUUUUUGAUUGGUAGCUACACAAUUGGGAAAGAAAGACUGUUUAUGGAGGUUGCUCGUUUGCUUCAGAAGAAAAUAUAUGUUGGAGCUGCAAAGCUGCAAAUAUUGAAACACUUAGAGCUUCCUCAGGAAAUUAUGAAUUGGUUUACAGCCAAUGAAGCAGAAAGUCACAUACAUGUUGUCCCCAUGUGGACUCUAGCGAGCUUCAAGCGGAUGAAAUAUUUAUCCAAUCAAUAUGCUGGCCGGUUUGACCUCAUAGUGGCAUUUUGCCCUACUGGUUGGGCAUUUGGCAAAGGGAAGAAAAAGACACCUGGCAAAAGGUGGCAACAAGGAUCAAUCAUCAGAUAUGAAGUGCCAUAUAGUGAACACAGCAGCUUCACCGAACUGCAAGAAUUUGUCAAGUUCAUAGCACCGGAGAACAUAAUCCCUAGCGUGAACAAUGACGGCCCUGAGAAUGCAGAUGCUAUGCUUGCCCAACUGUUAAACGAGUAGUGGAAUUUGUUUCUCCAACAUCUUCGCUGAAUACAAGUCGCUGUCUGGAGAUCAUAGCAAAGUCGCUGUCUGGAGGUCAUAGCAAAGGGAAGCUAAACGUACACCUAUACGGAACUGAUGGGGAAACACGCGAGGGUUCCCCUGGCUGAUUCCUCGGAUUUCUGAUGCGGAAACCAGGCACGGUGGACGGUGCAGGGACUUGGAAGACCCAUGGAGGUGCUGGAUAAAUGCCUCAGGAAGCUACUGCCCCUGUCACCUGGGAUAGCUUGGGGGCAUUGUGAUUGUCACGCGAGUAAGCUCGCAUAGUGGCAGUGUUUAAUGGUGAACGCAUCACAUUGCCUCGAAGGUCGGCAAAUUGUCUGCCCAUUUGUUCACAAACUAUCUAUUAUCUGUAGGCUAGGAUUUUGAGUGAUUGUGAAUUUGGAUUUUUGGAAAGAGAAUUUGUUUUUUUUUCCAAUUUA